AGAUAGACAAAAGCUAGAUAGACAGACAAAUAGACUAUGGACUGCAUAUAUAUAUUGGCCACAUCUUGCAGCUUUCAAAAGUAACACAUUGUUAGUAUUAGACACUUUCUAGUUCAUCACCCAUGGCAAAGUUCUUCAACUACACCAUCAUCCAAGGACUCUUGAUGCUUUCCAUGGUACUUCUGGCAUCGUGUGCUAUUCAUGCACACAUAAUAAGUGGGGAAACUGAAGAGGUUAGCAACACAGGGAGCCCGACAGUGAUGGUCACGAUGGGGGCAAACCGAAAGAUAAUUGAAGAUAAUAAAAAUUUAUUGUGCUAUCUAAGGGCUCUAGAGUACUGUUGUGCAAGGACCAGACAAUGCUAUGAUGACAUAAAGAAGUGCUUGGAGCAUUGCCGUGGUUGAAAGGUGUAAUAAAGGAUAUGCUUUCUUUGGAUCUUAGUUGGUGAUCAGAAAAAUGUUCUACCAAUUCAUGCAUGUACCAAAGGAUAAUAUAAGCUGCUCAAAAAAUCGUGGU